ACCAACUUCACGCGACGUCGAGCCCACCUCGUACCCGGCGCAUCUGCAAGUCCUCGUUUCGCCGCUGCCACAGGCGCCAUAAUCUGCCGCGCCCUCUCGGCCAUCCAAGAAACAGUCAAGCUCGCGAGGACAGCAAUAGACCGCUGGCGCCUGUCAAAAUGAGUUCCCACUCGCCAGAGAAGCGAGCGUCACCAGCCAUCGACGACACCCGAGGCCCAGCAAAGCGACAGCGCACGCAAUCGUCGAGUACCGUCCAGUCUUCCGAAUCCCCCAUCGCCGCUGUAUCGGCCACUCGAGUCCAUGGCCCGCCAAACUUCAACGAGCAGCACAGGACCGAGCUGCGGCGCGCCAUCACCCUGGCGCUUGGCCACGUCGGCUUCGACUCCGCAUCCCCGGAGGCCCUCGAGAGCUUCACACACAUGACGGAGACAUAUCUUUCUUCUCUCGUCGAGGACGUCAAGUUGAUCGCAAACAGUGCUCGCCGAUCCCAAGCCAUCCCCACCGAUUUUGACCAGUCGGUGAAGCGUUUCAAUAUUGACCUGACCCAUCUAAAACCUCAUCGGAGGCCACCAAUACCGCAAGAAAGGAUCAAGGCGACAUAUACAACGGAAAUGUUCCUGGACGGCGAGACGAUGGACCUGCCAACCCUGGACGAGAGGCUCAGUGGCAAGGACGACAAGGACGCAAAGGCCUACAUACCAAAGUCGUUCCCCGACUUCCCCAGCAUACACACCUACAAGUCAACACCAACCGAUGUCGAGUCCGUGACGGUCCCUAGCCACGACGCAGACCCCGAAGGCACAGCUAAGCGCGGGACCCCCGACUGGCGAGGCGACCCUAAGAAGAUCCGCGAGGCAGCAGCUCUGCAGGCUAAGCAGGCUGAGGAGGCUCUGAGGCGACUCGUCAGAGCUAGUAAACAAGCGAGCCUCAAGGAUAUGCGGAGCACCGCUGAGAAGAACCCAGUUUCCAGGGAGCGCUACAACCAGUGGGAAGACGCCAUGAAGGAGCUGUUGCAGGAGUCGGGGCGCGCAAACGGAGCAGACAGCACGGGGAGAGGGGAUGUCGCGGAUCAUAGCAUGGUCGUCAAUGCGCAGAAGAGGUUCCACAGACGAGAAGUGCCACGGUCUGCGAAGCGCAUGCAAGUUCAAGAUGCUCUGCGGGGCAAGGGCUGAGGAGGCCCUGGCACAGGAACAGGAAAGUGAUCAUGACAGCCUGCUGUUGCAGAUGCAGUGGGAAGAGAGAACGCCAUAUUGGCAUAAGAAGUCAAAAGGAACUCGGGCGGCACGUCCCGAACUGCUCAAGGCCCGAGCAGUACGUGCGAACCAGUCAUCCGCACCCACAUCUAUUCGGUACAUAAUGGCUGGGGAGUUGAGUGUGCGGGUUCCAAGGCAUUCUCUGAUAAAUGCCAUUACGGAAUGACCGGUUCCCGAUGAGACUUUUGGUCUGAAGCCAUGCGCCUGAGGAUUUUACUCGCCAGGUGUAUGUGGCGCAUCGGCAAAGACAACAGGGCCGGACAAUAGACCACAUUGGCGCCAUUGUCUGAGGGUGUCAAAGGCGGAGGCUUUCAUGGUGACCGGGUUGAGAGCACUUGCUUUGCUUACAGAGAGGCCUGUGGGAGUAUCUUGAGAUCUCUCAAGUUGACAACUGGAUUGAGUGAGGUUGAGACAGCUGUGAGCAGCAAUUACAUUGGUGGACAGGCUCUGCUGGACAGGCUUUGCUUUUGAGGAAGCCGGAGUAAGCCAGCUGGGAGAGUAGGGAUAAGCCCCAGUAUAGGUAUUCAGAAACAAUAUCUCAUGAAGCAGCAU